UAAUCAAGCCCUCAUCCCGCCACGUGUCAUAUCGAGCGCACAUACAGACACGUGUAAGUAAUUAAGAGGCAACCAGAGAGCGCGAAGUGAUCGAAGCGCGGCAAAGCGCUCACCAACUAGGCUUGCAAUUGCGUAUCCCAUCACGACCGAUCAGCGGAGAGAGAGAGAGAGAGGCGCGCGCAUUUGCGUAUCCCAUCACGAGCGAUCAGCGGGUUAGAGAGAGAGAGAGAGGGGCGCGCAUUCACCAACUCGGCUUGUAACUGCAUAUCCCUUCACGGGCAAUCAGCGGCUUAAGGGUGGGGGAAAGAGAGAGAGAGAGAGAGAGAGAGAGAGAGAGAGAGAGAGAGAGAGAGAGAGAGAGAGAGAGAGAGAGAGGGAGGGAGGGAGGGGGGCGCCAUGUCGUAUCUGUUGCAGCAUCUGCAUUCUGGAUGGGCAGUGGAUCAAGCAAUCCUGGCAGAGGAGGAGCGUGUUGUCGUCAUCAGAUUUGGUCACGAUUUUGACGAGACAUGCAUGCAGAUGGACGAGGUGCUGGCGUCGGUCGCAGACGCCAUCAAGAACUUUGCGGUGAUAUAUUGCGUUGACAUCACCGAGGUGCCUGACUUCAACACGAUGUAUGAGCUCUACGAUCCUUGCACGGUUAUGUUUUUCUUCAGAAACAAACACAUCAUGAUCGAUUUGGGGACUGGAAACAAUAACAAGAUUAAUUGGGCUCUGAAGGACAAGCAGGAGUUCAUCGACAUCGUCGAAACCGUCUAUCGAGGGGCAAGGAAGGGGAGGGGUCUUGUCGUCUCGCCAAAGGAUUACUCGACCAAGUAUAGGUACUAAAUAAAGCAAGUGAUCUUUCCCUUUGAAGGAAGUACGGAGUGAAUUGGUGUGUGUGAGGGAGAGGGAGGGUGUGAGAGAGCGGAGUGUGGAGGGAGUGCAAAGCUUAUCGAGACAUGAGGUGGAAGGAAGGGUAGGGAUGUAUGUGGAUGGCAGAGGGACUGUGCGAGAGGAUGGAGUGAGGAAGGAGUGUGGAGCUUAUCGGCAUCUUGGUCUGUGGGAGAGGGAGGGUGUGAGAGAACGGACGGAGUGUGGGAAGUGUGCAGAGCUUAUUGAUGGGAGGUGCGAGGCGAGGAGGGUUGUGAUUUUGUCUCCGUGCCAAGGAAAGGAGUACAGAAGGGCUCUUCUGUGUAUGCAUAGCAGAUGUGCACAGGGGCAGGGUCUUAAUAUGGUUAAUAUGGUGCAAAACCAUGGGUUAGGCCCUUAGCAUCAGUAUACAUGCCAUUUGAGGGGUAGCAUGGCGCUGGCGGGUAGGCGUAACCCAUCAGGACACGUGCCAUGUGCAAUGAACAUGGCCAUUUGUGGUUAGGCCCGCAGCAUGAGUACACGUGCCCUUUGUGGUUAACAUGGCACAAAACCAUGGGUUGGAUUACCCGACGGAAAAGGCAGGCGGUACCAGACGAAUCAUGCGCCACGUCGGUUUGGCUGGGAUUGGUGUGGGACAAAAAUAUGUGUUGCGAAAAAGAGGCUCGGACGUAGUGGUAGCUUAAACCAGCAGAUGGUCCCAGCCUCUUUUUCGCCAGUGCAGAUUUUUGCCCGGUCCUCAGAAUUGUGAACAGAUGCUAUGUGUGAUUUCCCCGGUCCUCCUGCCUUCUUGCGACAAGAGCUCUGCGACAAGCGCCUCCGAGCUCGGGCAUCUUCGAUUUUGGCCGGGAUUUCGGAGUUACGUGCGCGGUUUACGCACUGCAAAGACUGAGCUGGAGGUAUGAAGAAAAAACGAAAAAUGUUGAAAAUUGGAAUAUGCCACGGAAACUUACCAGGGGCCAAAGUUCAACGAGCAGUGUGGAGUUUCCUCAACGCCCUGGUCCUGUUUGUGGAAAUGUGCAGAAAUGGUGCCGAGUUUUCUCAACUGCACAGAGCUUCCUCAACGCCUGAAUCUGGUCGUGUUUGUGGAGAUGUGCAGAAAAUGGCGUUGAGUUUUCUCAACUGCACAUCUCCACAUACAUGUGCAGAUUCAGGCGUUGAAGAAACUCAAUGCGGCUAGUUGAAUUUGGCCCCGGGGGCCAAGGAUCUGAUUACCCGCUUACACUGUACACUUUCUAUGCCGUUGUGAAAACGUGUUUAGCAUAGGACACAAUUGAUGAUGUUUGAUGUACAUGGAACGUCUGGAAGGAAGUUUCCUUUUGGGAGAAAAGCCGCGGAGUCCUGGAAAGUGGGAAAAUGAAACGCCGACGGUAUAAAUCUGGAUACCGACCGAGGCGUGAAAGCAGGCCGAGUGUAUGUGGAGAUGGACUGUGUAAUGUUAGGCUGUGUUUCACAUGCUUAGGCUGUGUUUCACAUGCUACCAUACUGAUGGAAACACUUCUGUGAGAUGGAAUACUUACUCCAGGUUGCAUUAUUACUUUUGUGUAUCCUCUCUUGUCUGCGCGGCUGUGUGAAUUGGAGUACGGUUAUUCAAGGGUGAAGCCAACAACUGGUGGUUGAAGAGAAUAGUGUGUGCGGAUGGCUGUCUCGUUAUGGCGAAGAUGGUUUUCUUCUUUUUCUCUGUUUUUUUUUUUGGGGGGGGGGGGGGGGGGGGGGAGUGAGUGCGGGGGUGGAGGAGGGGUUUUAGUCAUUUCGGCAGAGGUUUUCCAUGAACUUUUGAUAGUGAAGGAAGGAUGUUGUGUUCUUGGGAUCUUCUUUAUAUUUCUUUUUUGACAGCUCUAUGAUUGAGGGCGUAGGAGGCUAACAGCAAGCGCACAGCAAUCACAGUGCGAUUUUGUGUGUUUUAUUUAUUAUUCAUGUAAUUUCCAUCAAGUUAAUUGCAGAUUUGUCGU